UGGCAACCCUUCAUCCAACCUCCAUGCUUGAAACCUGACGUAUAACCUACAAAAUCGUAUAAACAUUGUGCGUAUUUCUUGUAUUUAUUCCAAAUUAAAAUAUUAGUUUAGCUCGAUAAUGAGUGAAGAAGUCCAAAAUGAAGGACACAGUGAUCCUAACAAACGUAAAAAUAAGAAAAAGCCCAAGAAUUUCCUUAAAAAUGCUAAAAAGUACGCCAAGAAAGGUCAGUGGGGUAGAGGCACUAAAAUGAGUGAAGAAUUGUACCAAUAUUUCUUGGGGAUUUUGGAUGCUAUGAAAGCAGGUGUAGAGGAUGACGAUCAGAGACAGAGUUUAGUAAACAAUGUACUGGACCGAACUAAAGGUGAAGAACUAAACAUAAUCGGCAAUCAACUUGGCUGCCGAGUCAUAGAGCUGCUACUACCUUUCUCGUCACCCGAAGACUUGGAACGGUACUUCGAAGUGAUUUACCCUGAGCUACGAAGACUUUGCUCCGACAACUUCACUAGUCAUGUUGUUGAGACUUUACUAAGGGUAGCCAGUGAAAGAGCGACAGAUCAUUUACAAACAGGCGAAACAAAUGAAGACAGUGAUGAUGAAGCACCGAAAAAAAAGAUAAAACUAGAACCGAAACCAUCUAAAUACAGUGAUGCCCAUGUUAAAAACUGCUACGAAUUCGCUUUAAAGAUUUGUAAAUAUGCCCUAAACAAUUUAGAAGAUUUUGUGUGGGACAACUAUGCUAAUCACAUUUUGAGAAGCGCUUUAAAAUGUCUAAGCGGCAUCACAUUGUUACCAAACGAAAAGCCUAAAGUAAAUAUGUUUGUUAUAGACAAAAGUGAUAAGCAAACACCACCGUCACCGUUUAUAAAGAAAAUGGUAUACAAAAAUGUGCCAGAUGAUUAUAAAGAGUUAGUUACAGAAUUUGCGAGAAGGUUGUCAGUUUGGCCACAGUUUAAAGACCUACCGUACCAGAACUUAACGUCUGGUUUGUUGCAAGUGUUGUUAUACGCUAUUAAGAAUGUUGAUAAGAACUUGACGAGGGAUUUGCUGAAGCAGUUACUAAACGAGAGUUUUGCUCCGGACAAUUGGGUGGCAAACGGUGAUGAUGCGGAUGAUAAGAAGGAUGUGAAGAUUGAUUUAGAUAAUGAAAAUCAGGAGAGUGCUGUGAAGAGUUGUUCGCUGCCACCGGUGUUUGAGUCGGAACCUGCUGUCAGAUUACUGGAAGCAGCGCUACUAGUGGCGAAGAAGAAGAUGUACACACAGAUAUAUGCCAAGUGCUUCAUCAACAGGCUUGAACAGUUAGCUUGUAUGCCGACGCUGAAUUACACUGUGCAGAGGCUGUUCGACAACUGCCAGAUUAAAGAGGAGUUGGAACCAAUGUUCGACGAGUUGUCCAACAAGUUUGGCGAUCUGUUGGCCUGCGGGAACACUGGUGUUCUGGUGUCCGUCGCUAAAGCGUGCCUCAGGGUUAAGGCGCGGCAGGCGCAGCUUGUUAAUAGUCUAGAAUCAGCCCUUAAAGUGACCCAGAAUCAGAAGUACUUCCCCGUGUUCGUCUUAAGGUUACUGCCCUCGGACCGAGUGGAUGUCAAGACUUUGGACAAGGAAUACUUCAUCAACGUGCAUGGAUCCGUUAUACUGCAGAGCAUACUGGAUUAUCAGCGCCCAGCCAAAGCCGUCAACGGUCUGCUAGAACUGACUCCAGAACAACUCCUCGUUAUAUUCAGCGACGCUAAGGGCAGCCACAUAGCUGACGCCUUCUGCAAGGGACAGUUCGUGGGCGUGAAGGCGAGAGACAAGAUGAUAUGGAAACUGAAGGGCUACUACCAAACCUUAGCACUCGCCCAGCACGGCUCACGAGCUCUCGAACGCAUCUUCGAAGCGGCAUCUCUCGAGCAAAAGGUUAAAAUAAUGACGGAACUCUCUGACAAGAGCAACUUACUGAAUAGCACGAAGUUCGGACGAGUGGUCGCUGUGAAGUUAGAUGUAGAAGGGUUCAAGAAAGCGCAAAAACAGUGGGAAAAUAAGUUUAAAGCGAAAUAAAAUAUUAGAUAAG